AUGCCAACUAGAGCAAGGAUGCCCGGGAACCUCGGGGCGCUCGUCACCGUCGAAGAUGUUGUAGGAGUCCUCGAGCUAGGCGCACACAUCCUCGGCUUCCUCGACGACCUUGAGGACCUCCGCAACGCGGCGCUGACGAGCAGGCGCUUCAACCGCGCUGCUCAAUUUUACCUCUGGGCGGCGAUCAAGCCGCCAUACCUGUACGCCGACCCGAGGUGGGCCGACCGUCGUCCCUUCUGGGACCGUUUCGCGCCCUUCUUGCAGCGCAACACCACCUCUCUCCGGGUUGAGAUGCGCGUGGUGGCCCCCGGUCUCUUUCGGGAGAUUUCAAUGGGACGAUGGGAGGCAUCGGCGAGCACCGCGGCGAGCGCGAGGUGGCUCCUCGCUAAGGAGGGCGUCGACUCCUUCUUCACCGGCCUUAAGGAGGUCCUUACGAGGACACCACGCCUCCGGAACUUCGUCGCUCGGGACGUACCCCGAGUCCUCGACCUGGUGGACCUCCUCCACCGCCACCACCCCCAGCUCGCGGCUCUUGACAUCACCGCCUCGCGGGAUGAUACCUUCGGAUUCCUUUCCGUCCCCGCUUACAAUCUGGAUGAGUGGAAGUUCCGGGUCCGCAAUGACCCAAGUUACACGAUCCCCCUGGGCAACACGGUCAACUUCGGCCUAGAUAUCCAUCUGGCCCCCGGUGUUCAAUUUCACCAACCUGCGCGUCCUGCUCCUCAACAACAUUCAGCAGCCGACAGCCAACCCCUACGCCUGAAAACCCUAACACUCGGUUACGGGUUUGAGAUCCACGACAAGGUCUCAAUUCAGCACGUGGGUCCGCUGCCGCGGCCGCAUUCUUUGGAGUCCCUCACCGACCUCACAGUCCUCGAAGGCCUACACAUGGACGGCCUCCACAACAAAGACGGCUCCCAGAUAAUUGAGCUCGGCCAAGACCACAGCUACUCCCUCAUCUCAGCGCGGAUCCCACCCGGCGUUAACCAACUCCCCCAGCUCCACAAACUCACCUAG